GGAGUAAUCGAAUUCCAAGACUUCCGGUUAUACAUGACGAAGAUGAAGAAGCUGAGCUAUGACGAGAGGAAACAGGAAAUGAUGAGGGCAUUUAGGAUAAUAGAUAAAAACAACGAUAAAUUCAUCGACCCCAAUGAGUUGAUCGCCAUGUUGAAAUCACUCGGCGAGCCCCUGACUGAGGAAGAGGCGGGGGCUAUGAUCCGGGUCGCUGACGUCAACAAUGACGGCAAGAUCGACUAUGAAGAGUUCGUGAAAUUCAUCAUAGCUCCUUGUAUCUAGAAAUGACAUAAAAGUUCGUUGAUUUCAUUCUGGCGCCAUGCCUUUUACCAAGUCCCGUAACUGCAACAAUCAAGACAGAUAGUGAAGACAACAGCAGUGGCGUCCCCUUAAAUAAACGUAAACGAAACGACAGCCCUUUGCACGAUAGCGGCAGCAGUUCGACCCACACUCCACCUAACAUCACUUCCACCAACAACACAAAAGUAUCUUAUUUUAAUCCUCCACCAACUGAAACAGAAUUAUAACUCAGUGAUCAAUAAUGCAUGGUUUUGUCAUGAAUACUAAUAGCUAAUGACUUCAAAAGACAACAUAAAAUUUUACAACCACUGAUAGAAAAAUAAUGUAUAUAUUACAUUGUCUUCCUUUUUAUAAUAUACUUGUUAUAUAACACUAUAACGUGUAGCAAUAUUAUAAUUUCAAUUAAAGAAAUCUAUGUAUCAACUGGAAAA